AUGGCGCUUGAUGCCUGCUCAGACCAUGCCGCCGAGAAAAUGACGCUCCUGGACCGCCCUGGCCGCCGACCAACAGUCCCAAUUUCUCCCAUUUCCCCGGGUCUCGCCCAGGAUCCGAUUCCCCAACAGAAAAGCGAGAUAACACCAGUUCCGCCAAGUCCAACACCACCAUCCGACGCAUCCGAUUCUCACGUGGAGGACACGAUUGUCUGUGCUCCUGUAGGAGUUCCAUCUUCUGAUGGACUGUGGUAUAUUCUGCACUGUGAUGAGCAUCAGAAGGCAUUUCAGCACCCUGCGUUAAGAGGUGCAGCGGCGCAUCUUAAAGGUAGCAAGCAUGGGCUGCCAUGGUAUCCGACAAGCCUGGAAGUCAUCAAGCAUUUUGGCGUCGAGGUUAUAGAUUGCGAUGCCGAGUUGGCCGAUAAGAACAACACGGUUGCUCUAGCCGUCAGCCAGGCCAGCAAGAAAGCAUCCGAAUGCAAAGCGGAGGAGAAAACAAGCCCGAAGAAACGACUACACGAAUCGAAUGAUGAAUCCGAGGUCAAAGAAAAGGAAGUCUCUAAACGGCAGUCGAAGCAACGGAGGAUUAGCGGGAUCACGAGGCCAACUCCAGGUCGAAUUUACCUGGCCUACUGGGAAACGACAAAAGACUGGUUUCCUGCCCUGGUCCUCCCUCACAUAGGCCUCGAAGCCUUUGGAAUUCCAAGUACCCUUGAGAAGCUCGGCUUGAUGAAUAGCACGCCAGACUGCUUGAGAUGUGAAUCUGAUACUCAAAAUCUCAAGUGGCGGGAAGGAUAUGAGCAUGACGGGCCUUAUGCUAUGGACCGAGAGUUCCCAAUCCUGUUUUUCGACAGACGCGACUUUCCUGAGCAAGCCUCUGCUGGUUGGGUCAAGGCGAGUGAUUUGCAGGAGUUGAGCGUCUUUAAGAGUUCUUCACGGCUCGUGCCGAAUUUGAAGUUUGCGAAAAAGUAUUUGCGGAAGCGAUUACAGCAAGAGACGGAGUUUUCGGAUGAAGACUCAUGGGCUUCUUCGGAAGAAAGCGACUCGGAGACGCCGCCUUUAUGCACCGCAGGUAACGAGAGUCAACCGGAGCAAGCUUUCACUUCUGUUCGCUUAGAGCCCGAGCAGCCAGCGGCUGAUGCUCCCACAAACACCGCAGUGGAAGACAAAGUACCAUUAUCCGCAAACAAUGAACCAGAAUCUGGAAAUGCAGCUUCCGUGCCACUGACACCUGGGGAAAGCCGCCCCGGAACUUCUUCAAAUCCACAGGUUGAGGCAGCCCCAACAAACACCAUUACGCAUUCCAUCAGGGAUGACAUUACAAUAAUUUCCAUAUCUAGCUCCGAUGACGAAAUGGAGAAUCAAGAUCAGCCCGCAAAGUCAAGUCAACCACCAACUGCAGACAACAGGAUGGCGGUAGACCCCCGGCAUUCUGUUGUCACCGAGAUGAAGGAUGUCAGACCCAACACUUCCAUUUCCUCAGGGCAAAGCUUCGACUUAAAACCUACAAUACUACUAAACGGUCCUAUCACCGGUUAUACGACGCAGGGUGUCGCCCCAGCACCACCUUUAAGAAACGGACAACAACCUCAAGUCCAACUACCUACUCCUGUUCAUGUCCAUCAUAUCCAACACACAUUACCCAACAACGCAACAAUAGAUCUUCGCAACUUGAUGACAAGGUCAACUUAUAUGGCAUUCCCCGGAGCACUCCCGGGGUCAGAGGCGCCACAAUCUCAGCUACCGCCAUACCAACCUCCAACUAACCGGCGGCCGCUUCAGGUUCCUCCUCAGGUUCCUUACCCUCAGGGCCCUGUAACAACCGGCUUCCACCACCACCGAUUACCUCCAUCCCAGGAUCAACAGGCUCAUUCAAAUCCAGCGAUCAGCCCUUCUCGACCUGAAAUAUCUCAUGUGUCGCCCAGACCCCCGAUCCCAGCGGAAACCCGGGCACCAGCAACACGGCCACCAGCAGCUCGGCCACUUCAACCUAAAGCAACUUCUGCACCCCCACCUCCCCCUCCACCUCCACCUCGACAGCCCGAGAGUAGACCUCAGGUUCCUAAAGUUCCUAUUCCACCAGCACCCAAGCCCAAUUCAUACCAAGCACCGGUGCCAACUGGAAAUCCCACACCCCCUCCUUCCAAACCCUACCUUUCAACACCAACCCCCUGGCAACCCGUGUAUAUAGGCAAAGCCUUGCAGUUGGAGACGACGAACCCUCGGUUCGGCGUGCCACCUAACGAAGUUCCCCCACCCUUUCUCGAUCGGCUUAAGAAACUGGCAGGAACCCGGGAUAACUUUCCAAAGAUGGCCAAAUUCCUUGAUGGGGAAGGCUUUUACUUUUGUCCUUGGUGUGAGAAACGAUAUCGGCGUCCGGUCAAGUUUACGGAUCACUUGGUUUUGAAUCACAGCAGGUAAUAUGGCGUACGUCAGGAAUAAUUGUUUCUGGGCAAUCUUUGUUGGACAUUGGUUCAUGAUGAUCAAUAACGACAGGAAAUCUAUUCUCCUGAUGCAACCAG